AUGCCGUCCUCAAAGCCCCAUCCACCUGUCGUGGGCAAAGUGACUCAUCACAGCAUUGAAUUAUACUGGGAUCUGGAAAAGAAAGCUAAGCGGCAAGGACCUCAGGAGCAAUGGUUUAGAUUCUCAAUUGAAGAAGAAGACCCCAAAAUGCACAGUUACGGCAUCAUUUAUACGGGAUAUGCAACAAAGCAUGUCAUCGAAGGUCUGGAACCAAGGACACUGUACAGAUUUCGACUGAAGGUCACCAGCCCCUCUGGAGAAUAUGAGUACAGCCCGGUUGUCUCGGUAUCUACGACCAGAGAACCCAUAAGUAUUGAGCACUUGCAUCGAGCUGUCAACGUGAAUGAUGAAGAUUUGCUUGUUCGAAUACUUCAAGGAGGAAAGUGCUGCAGAGGAGUGUCUUGAAAAUAGUGUUACUCAUUUGUAGUGCUCAUUGUGGCUUCUGAGUCAUCAAAGUCACUUACCUAGCAACAGUUUGUUUCCUUUAGGCUUGUGAAAAUCCUCAUUUCUAAUGGCACAGAUGUGAAUCUGAAGAACGGAAGUGGCAAGGACAGUCUAAUGCUUGCAUGCUAUGCGGGUCACCUAGACGUGGUGAAGUUUCUCCGAAGACACGGUGCUUCUUGGGAGGCUCGAGACCUGGGAGGCUGUACAGCUUUGCACUGGGCUGCAGAUGGAGGCCACUGCCAUGUGAUUGAGUGGAUGAUAAAGGACGGCUGUGAGAUAGAUGUCGUGGACGCUGGUUCAGGAUGGACCCCGCUGAUGAGAGUCUCCGCAGUGUCAGGAAACCAGAGCGUAGCCUCCCUUCUGAUUGAGGCUGGGGCCAACGUGAACGCGAAGGACAAGGACGGAAAGACCCCUCUUAUGGUGGCCGUGUUAAAUAAUCACGAAGAGCUAGUCCAGUUACUUCUUGACAAAGGGGCAGAUGCAAGUGUAAAAAAUGAGUUCGGCAAAGGUGUCCUAGAAAUGGCCAGAGUUUUUGACAGACAGAAUGUAAUCUCCUUGUUAGAAGACAGGAAAAAAAAGCAAAUGCCAAAGAAGUCUUCUGUCUGCUGAUCAGAGCACUGCUUGCCUGUGAAAUUUAAGCAAAACAAAGAAGAGAUGACUGUUGAGCUAGACAUAUGAGAUUCUGCAUCUUUGAGGACUAUACAUUUAUUUAUUUAGUUGAAGGUUCAGUGACUUUUUUGUAACAUGCAACUGUUCACACUUUGAAAUACAUCUUUUUACUCAA